CAGAUCACAUAACACCAGGACCUUAGGUGCGAUAGUUACAGAAUAUUCUCCGUGCAAUAGUUUUUGUUUUAAAGCAUUAUCCGGGAAAUAGUAUGGUUAAACUGCUGUUUUGUGUUUGACAGGUCACAAAAAAAUCAGGACAUCUUAGGUGGAAGUUAUUCUCCGGGAAAUAUAAUUGUUUAACCGAUAGCCAUGAAUGUAUCCUCUAAUAACAGCGUUGCCGCUGUCGCACUGGAAUCGCUCAGUCUCUUCAUCAUCAUGCCGGGCGCCAUUUUGGCGAAUGGUGUCGCCAUUUUCAUCAUUCUACGCACGCGCAGUCUAUGGAAACACGCCCACAAUCUUCUGAUUCUUUCUCUGAAUAUUGCGGACCUCGGUGUGGCCAUUUUCACCAUGCCAUGUGCAAUGAUAUCUGUCUUUGAUGGUGGGAAUUAUCUCAGGACACAUACCAGCGCCUGCAAGUUCAAUGGUUUUCUAGCUGUGUUGUUCACCUUCGUUAUCCCAGCCCUCAUCCUCUUCAUCACCUUGGAGCGAUUCCUGGUCAUCAAUCUCUCCCAAAGAUUCCCUCGAAGCCGAAGACGCGUCUACGUAUUCAUCUUGAUAUCAUGGGCGACAUCAUUGAUGGCGGCAAUCCUCCCAUUGACGAACGCGACCUUACCAUACAUCUACAUCCCGACCACCAGGCACUGCUCUCCACCCUGGCUCGAUCCUGUCUUCCACGCGGCUGGACUAAUCCUACUCGCGGGUGAAAUCCCCUUGCUCCUGCUCCUCUACGCAGCCAUUGUCUACAACCUCAAGAAAACUGGCACCAACCUCAAAAAGACUCGACGGAGGGACCCAACAAAAUCUGCAUGUAGAGAUUCUUCCGUCAUCAGUGCAUACGGCGAAGAAAUCACAUCGCCCCCAGCGUCAGUCUCGCGUCCACUGGAGGAUGACCCCACUGUUGAACCGGAUACUGUUCAACAUGUUCAAGGGGUCACUUCCGCCGACAGUGCAGCUGUAUGCUCAGGAGAUGAUGAUGUUUUCAAAGCAACGGGAGAGAAGAUACGAGCAAAUUUAAAAACUAAAGGGAAGCGAGUUUUUAAGCAGAAAAGUUUUGGGGCGAGGAGAAGGCAGUGGUCUGCACAGAGAAGAGUUGCUACUAUUAGUGCUGUGUUAGUGAUCACGACCAUCGUCUGUUGGAUACCAUACCUCCUCGUCCAUCUCAACAUCGUCCCGGUGUCCGAUUACCACUGGUUCGGUGUGAUGACCAUGUGGUUUGCCUUCACCAACGCGCUGCUCGACCCGGUGAUUUACACGUUCAUGAACCGGCAGGCCCGUGCCGAACUAGCAAAGUUCUUCCAGAACCUGAAAGUAUGUUGCCAAUUAGAGCCAUGCCGUAAGUUGCAGCAUUUUAUCCGCGGAGGCGACUGAAAUAAAGAUCUUCUUCAUCAUCAUAAGCCACAGUGGCAGGGAGAGGGCAUUGCCUCGACGUUCGGCAAAAUUUUCUGUUCAAAAUCGGGUUUAGGAAAGGUAGUUAGUGUGAGGUAUGGACUGUCCUUUGUUAAACGUGAAUUUAGAUCAGGGCUCUGUUUUAACUGAAUGAGUAGAACACGGCCAAAGUGUUAAUUCAACGAAUGUUGAUAAUUAGUCACGUGCCUUUUUUAUCUUAUUUCUUGGAGCUUUUCGACUACGUCUUCCAAACUGUUCAAGGGUUAGUCUUGGAUAAAUUUUCUUCUGACGGAGUAUCUUCGAACAUUCAUUUACAUUACUCAUGCUCCUUUAAGAUUCCCGUGGAGUGUCCCGUGGUGUCAAGCUGCUGACAAGUCGAGAGAAGAAGGAGUCUUAAUCGCGAUGUAAACUAUUAUCACGCAUGUUUCUUAUUAGUUAAUUAAAGCCCCUCGGAACUAGUUUGGCAUGGAGGGGUUAGACCUCCCUGCAAGGUCACUGGCAGGUGGUAUUAUUAUCAUCAAAUCAGCUCUCAAUUAACAUAAGAAAAAGGGCAUCAUGUGGGAUCAACAGGUACCGCUAAUUUUUGUUGGCUGUAUAGAGGGCGCAAGUAGCUAUAAGUAGUGCAGUGGGGCUUAAGUAAACAGGGUUGACGUUUGCACAAAUUUAGUCGUGACCAUUUCUGUGCACAAUUUGACGUAAACCAACCACGAACCUAUUCUACGUCUUCAGCUAUUUCAUAAAAAAUAACCACUCUAUAUAGUGACUACCUACAUGUAGUUUUCCUCAAUUUAGAAAAUGUAACUUGCACUGAAAGGUCACUAACGUCAAUUUUCGUACAAAAUAGUAUCACCUAAAUACCAGUAGCCAAUAAAAGCAAAGACACGUAUCAUAGACCAUUUGAAUGGCCAUGGAUUUAUCUCUUUGUAUGUCUUUGUCAAUUUUAUUAUCACACGAAUGAGAUAGUUUUCGGCAAUACGGCAAUAAUAUUGCUAAGGCAUAGUUUUGUGCUCAAAUUAAUUGAAGAUAAAAGGUUUAACUUAUUUUGUAGAAAGUACGCAUAAGGAUAAAUUUACAACGUCACCUUUACCGUUAUAUUUCUACAAUGACCCCUACAUUGCAACGGAGUAUGAUCUCUCAAUAUCAUCACAGUGACUUUCCUAAAUAAAUCAUAAUCAAUAAAUAAAAUAAAUUACAAAGUGAUACAUUUUAAAAAGUGUUAAAUCAAUAAAAAAGGACCGAGGAAUGUGGGUUUUUCACCAAGGAGUCUCAUGUCGAAAUACUGUUUUCCAGGCACCCCAGAAAGCCUCGAGAUGUUUAGCUGACCCGGAAGCUGCACAAUUCAUCUUCAUCGCUGUACACGACGUCAUUAAUAUCACCAUUUAGAUGCAGCCAGAGUGACCAUAUUGUUGACGAUAUUGUUGUUGAAGAGAAUUCUAUACCGGGAUUCCUGCGGAUCCCUCCCAUGCUGAUGACGUCGUCGUAAACCCCGGUCGUAAUAUUAUGUCACAUAAUGCUGGUAUGCGAAGUAUAGGGGCUUCUUUAUGUGUUUUACAUUAGCAAGCUGGCGUAACCGAAAGUUAUAGACAACCGGCUUCCCGAACAGUAUUCACUUUGGAGUUGGGGUCUAGAAAAAUGCCCCUAAACGCGUACAGGAGAAUUUUGAAAAAGUACAAUUUUUCUGGAAAAUUGACGUAUUUUUUUAACACUGGCGGACCGCGUCCAAAAAACAACAACGCCACUUUAGUGUACGCGAUUUCGUGGUCAUGCUUACAGUAUUUAU